AUGCCCGACACCGACCUCUCCACCAACGGCAGCGGCGAGUUCUGGCUGUACGGUUAUGGGAGUCUGAUAUGGAAGCCUCCGCCGCACUUCGACCACAGAGGCACACCCGAGGCUCCUGGCCGUGUUGUCACGCUCAUAGAGCGCUCGUUCUGGGAGCAGCUGACCGACCACCACGACUCGGCACCUGAACGCGUCUGGGGUGUCGCCUACCGUAUCAAGGCAGACAAGGUCGCCGAAGUCAAGGACUAUCUUGACAUUCGCGAGAUCAACGGCUACACGAUCCACUACGCCCCUUUCUACCCAGCUGAUGGCUCCGAGCCAAUCCGCACACUUGUGUACAUUGGUACCCCGGACAAUGACCAGUUUGUCGGACCACAGGAUCCUCAGGCUCUCGCCGCCCACAUCCGUCAGAGCCGCGGCCCGAGUGGGCUAAACAUCGACUACCUUCUUGGCCUCGAAGAAGCUCUUGACGGACUGAGCCCGGAGAGUGGCGACGUCCACAUCACCGACCUCUCCAACAGAGUACGGGCCAUCAUCUCCGCCGAGGAGACAUCCCACGAUGCUACGCAACCACCGCUGUCAGCCGUCGGCGGUACUUUCAAGCAAGAAACCAGUGUCAAGGAACAGGAGGAGACUGAAAAGACAGACUGA